CCCAAAAAAAAUUAACCAGUGGAUCAAGCCACACACUACACACUACACACUACAUCUCACCACCGCAGCAAACAUAGACAAUGUCACAACCACUAGCUGAACGCCGUUUCUCCUCCUUAGACAUCCUCUCCAACUACCUCAAACUAGACAUUCGAGCCUAUCAAAGAACUUACGAAGGUGCAUACACCAGAACAGCAAUAGGAUGUCUCUCCUUCUCUAUCCUCAUCAUCAAGAUGUUCAGUAAGGAGUUCCUCCCAGUGGGCACAGUCUACACCAUGUACGGAACACUCCUUUACUUCCUAGGAGUAUACCAGACUAAUCGUGUUGAUCGGUUCUACGUCCCUUCCAAACAAAUGGAAAUGUUCAAGACCGCAGGCGACACCGUGCUCAUGCUCACGGUAUUCAGUCUAUGCAGUUAUAUCGCAGUAUUAGCACUAAUACUAAGAAUUUAAGAGCUAUAUACAAGUACUAUACUAGUGACCCUAACCCAAACAUGAUACAUUGGGCUAACAAUUGGAAACUCCAGAACGCAACUUUUUUCAUCCGGGUCAUUCGUUCUUCUUCGUCAGCAACAUAAUCGACAAAGUUAUCAUACACUUCUUCUGAAAUAUCAUCCAUAAGCAAUGAGUCGUAGAUUGUCCACGAUCCACUGAAAUCCUGGAUAUUCUUGACGAUUCGGUUAUGGAUCUCAAUAAACGUGUUUUUGCUGUUGAUGUACGCGACAAUCGGCCUGAUUAAGGCAUAAUUGAUGUAUGAAAGUUCCGGAGUUUGGAAUGGAACCGACGCUCUUACAUUGUUCAACCUGAUGGUUAAGUCCAAAACGAAAUAUUUCAGAAUAUCAGUGUAAUCGUCCAGGGUCAAUCUCGUAUGUAAAUCUGGGUGUUUUUCCAUGACCUCGGGAUUUUUGUACCUGGUGGCUUCCUUCUUGAUUGAAUCGGCAAUGAUUGACACAAUCUCCUUCACGGUUAGUUCAUCGCUAUCUUGAGGCACCAUCACAUCACCAAUCAUAUCCACUCGCCCGUUACUUAUCCAUCCAAACGGCCCUUCCAAUCCAGUAUUCAAAUGAUCAACAUUCAAUGCAUCCACCCGCAUUCGAGUGACCCGUUUCCACUUGGCAGUAUCACCAUCGAUAUAAUCAUUCAACCGCUGUUUCUUGUGAAUGGUGAACAAGGAGUUAUCGUAGGACCCACUCAUGACAUUGGCAUUCAAGAAGUCAUAAAACAACCAAUGCUUGCGUAGUUUAGGUAAUUCACAAUUGUAUAUCGCCACAUCAAACACCCGAAAGUUGUUGGGCUGUUUCAAUGUGAAUAACACGUCUUCCAUUUUAAAUUUGUCAAACUCGAAAUCUCCCGGGUGGUAUAUGUUUUUAUAAUUUGUAGCAUCAUCAUCGGGGUCCCAGUGAACAUGAGUACGAUCAACCACGCCUCGCAUGCCCUUAACUUCCAUGGUUUCGACAAUUCCUGUUCCAUUGACCCAUUUAUUGAAUGAGAGUGAAACAUUCACUUCCUCAAUGGUCAAAUCAUACUGGGUGUAAUUCCCAUCGUCCUCAAACAAAUCAACUUCUUCCUCCUUUAAACUCUGUUGAUACGCCUCAGCUUGGGAACCCUUGACGAACCGCUGGAUCUUCUUGGGACGACGACUAACGAAACAUUUCCGAAAACUGAUUUUCCCGUCUCUCCAACCAGGCACAAUCGCUUCCUCGAAAGUCACCGUCAAUUUUGAGUUCUUGGUGAUGAACUCCCCCAAUUUCCUCGCUACAAACUCCUGUGCAAAAACAGUGUUGGCUGUAAAUAUGAUUAUGGAAACAAAUGUAGUGGUCGCAGCAAAGAAGAGGAAUACGUUGCCGACGACGAUCCACGAGAAGAAUGCUGAAUAGUCGUCGGUGUUGAAUGGUCGGUUUGAUUUUUUGAGGAGCCACUUGAGACGCACUUUUAGUCGGGAAUAGAUAGAAUUGGCGUCUUCAAGAAGUUGUUCUUUUGUGGGAAGUUCAUGUCUAUUUACAGGGGAUUCGCUUGGUGGCAGUAUAAUAGGAGGUGGUGGUGGAGGUGGUGGAGAUAGUGGUGACGGUGGCGAUGGUGGUUGUUUGCGUUGUAAGAGUCUAGGCGUGUAGGAUAUACUUCUUGGUAAUGGCCUAAUGGGAUACCGUACAAUAUACCCUGGUAUUCGUCUAGGCACCAAACCUAUAAGUCGAGAUCUAAGCAUGGUUGAUACUAUCUAGACCAGUUCAAUUCCUUAUGUUAAUAUGGAAUUAUAAGUGUAAGUUGCUUUGCCGUUGCGAUCUAAAUCAGGGUGGGCUACGAUGUAUGGAACGUUUCUAAAAAAAAAUUGAAAGCCCUUUACCUGCAUAUAAAAAUUGGGGGUUUCCCGAUGGUGGGGGUGGAGUAUAUGCCGCAAAAAGUGAAUUUGAUUAAUUGUUAUAAUUCUUGUAUAUUCUUUGAAACAGAAAGAUAUUGGAAACCCUUGUAGAUGGAAGAGUUGUAAAGAGUAUGUGAAACAUUUCUAUAUAGUAAAAGUGAAUGAACCUGAAAAAAUGGCUGAAUCCACAUUGAAAUUUGCUCUCGUCUAGGCGGUACAAAUCCGACUAUUUACUUCUGCCUCUGCGGUUCAAAUUCAGCAAGUCUCCAACUUUAAAUUGAGUUUCUACUUGUGUCAUAAGGUAUGAUGUUGUAGUUGUGGUGUUGAAUGAUAAUAAAUCAAUCAAGUCUAAUCCUGAGCUGGAACUAAAUUUCUCUUACCAAAAGUCUAGAACUGUGAAGGGAAUCGUCGAAAUCAAUAAAAUCUGGGACGUUUAUCUGUGAUUUUAUUAGGGCAUAUUAUGACUUAUUCGUCUUUUGAAACUCUAUUGUAUGUUUUUCAGUCAGUCUGAGUCAUCAUCGAGGAUAACUUUUACUGGGAUAAGUUUCAGCUCAAAUUCACCUUUCCAAAUGAAUUUUGUGUCCCACACCAUGAGUCAUUAUGAAAUAGUAAUCUUUGACUCCUGAUGCUUAUUGCUCGUAAACCAUUGAAAUUGAGCCCGAUA